GGGCCGGCCGGUCCUCUCCGCCCGCGCCUCCCGGCCCUAGACGUGCGAGACCGACCCGCCGGCUCCAGGGCUCCGAAGCCGGAGAGCGAAGCGCGCCAAGAGACAAGGAUGGCUGCAGGAGUCUUGCCGCAGAGUGAAGAACCAUAUUCCACGUUGGUGAAUAACAGUGGGCAUGCUGCACACAUGGAUGAAAAUUCAGAACGCCCAACUCCAAAAUACACAAAAGUGGGAGAACGUUUACGGCAUGUCAUCCCCGGGCACAUGGCGUGCUCCAUGGCCUGUGGUGGGAGAGCAUGUAAGUAUGAGAACCCAGCCCGCUGGAGUGAGCAGGAGCAAGCCAUUAAGGGAGUUUACUCAUCCUGGGUCACUGACAAUAUCCUGGCCAUGGCUCGUCCGUCCUCUGAGCUGCUGCAGAAGUAUCACAUCAUCGAGCAGUUCCUCAGUCAAGGCAUAAAAACAAUAAUCAACCUGCAGCGUCCUGGAGAGCACGCCAGCUGUGGGAACGCUCUGGAACAAGAGAGUGGCUUCACAUACCUUCCUGAGGCGUUCAUGGAGGCUGGGAUUUAUUUCUACAACUUCGGGUGGAAGGAUUAUGGCGUGGCUUCCCUCACUGCCAUCUUAGACAUGGUAAAGGUGAUGACAUUUGCCUUACAGGAAGGAAAAGUAGCUGUCCACUGCCACGCAGGGCUCGGGCGAACAGGUGUGCUAAUAGCGUGUUAUUUAGUUUUUGCAACAAGGAUGACUGCUGACCAAGCAAUUAUAUUUGUGCGGGCAAAACGCCCCAAUUCCAUACAAACCAGAGGACAGCUGCUCUGUGUACGGGAAUUCACCCAGUUUCUGGCUCCACUCCGUAAUAUUUUCUCUUGCUGUGACCCCAAAGCACAUGCUAUUACCUUAGCCCAGUACCUGAUUCGCCAGCGUCAUCUGCUUCAUGGUUAUGAGGCACGACUUCUGAAAUACGUGCCAAAGAUCAUCCACCUAGUUUGCAAACUGCUGCUUGACUUGGCUGAGAACAGGCCAAUAGUGAUGAAGAGCACAUUAGAAGGACCUGAACUCUCUGCUGAAAUCGAAAAGACUGUGUCUGAGAUGGUCACAAUGCAACUAGAUCAAGAGUUACUGAGGCAAAACAGUGAUGUGCCUGACCCGUUUAACCCCACUGCAGAGGUGGCCGAGUUAGAGAAUCAGGAUGGGAUUCUUUCUAAUGAGCAUGUGUUUGACCCCCUCUGGAAGAGGAGGAAUAUUGAGUGCCUUCAGCCCCUGACACAUCUGAAAAGGCAGCUCAGCUACAGUGACUCAGACUUAAAGAAGGCCAAAGCCAUCCUGGAGCAAGGGGAGACGCCUUGGACAGUGCCUGCCCAGGAGCUGCUAGACCAUAGUCUCCAGCAUCAGAAGCCCACGAGCCACUGUUACAUGCCACCGACACCAGAGCUAGGUUUUAACAAGGAUGCAUUGGUUCAAAAUACAUUUUCUUUCUGGACUCAAUCAAAGUGUGGAGGCUUAGAAGGACUCAAGGAUGAGGGAUCACUGCUUUUGUGCAGGAAGGAUAUUCUGAAGGAAGUACAGCGAAGCAGAACCUUCUCUGUGGGUGUUUCCUGUUCACACAAUCCUGGAGAACCAGUGCCACCCAACUUCACAAGUAUCCAUAAGGAUCCAGAGCAAGUCACCCACUGCCAGUGUGAGGCUCCUGGUGGUUGGGUUCCAGGCCCUGUUCACGAGACGGGCAGGAGCCCCUGCAGCCCUCAGAACUGUGGCUCCAGUCCGAAGGCGCAGUUCCCAUAUGGACAGGAAACCCAGGACAGCACAUACCUGUCGGAGGCAGUGCCACAUGCUGGUCUGCAGCCUGAACUGAGUGCUGAAGCAAGGAGAAUACUGGCAGCCAAAGCCCUGGCAAACUUAACUGAGUUUGUUGAAAAGGAGGAAGUGAAAAGGAAAGUGGAAAUGUGGCAGAAAGAACUGAAUUCCCGAGAGGGAGCCUGGGAACGAAUAUGUGGUGAGAGAGACCCUUUCAUCUUGUGCAGUUUGAUGUGGUCUUGGGUGGAGCAACUGAAAGAGCCUGUAAUCACCAAAGAGGAUGUGGACAUGCUGGUCCACAGACAAGCAGAUGCUGCUGAAGCCCUGUUUUUACUAGAGAAGGGGCAGUACCAGACCAUCCUCUGUGUGCUGCACUGCAUCGUGAGCCUGCAGACGCUUCCGGUGGAGCUGGAGGAAGCUUGCCUUACACACGCCAUUAAAGCUUUCACAAAGGUUAAUUUUGAUUCUGAAAAUGGACCAAUAGUUUACGACACCUUGAAAAAAAUAUUUAAGCACACGUUGGAAGAAAAGAGAAAAAUGGCAAAAGACAGCCUGAGGCCUGGCCUCCUCUGAGGCUUCCUUCUCUGGACAAGCAUCCAGCUUAAGCAUCCCUCCCUCCUAAGGGCGGCGCUUCUGCUCUGCGUGGACCAAAGCUGGCUGUGCUUCCUUGCCUCCGUCCCUCGUCAGUUCUGUCUCCUGUGCUGAGAGUGACUGUUUGUUUUUUUGUUAUUUAUUUUAAAAUAUCUUUGAGCUGUGUCUUGAAAAGUUGCCAUAAAGUUGGUGCCAUUUUAUUUAUUUACUGAAUUGAUAUCGUUGUGUUGACAUUUUAAGUAUAUCUGUGUCCUUACUCUUUUUGACAUUUUGGAGAAAAAAAUAUAACCCUUUCAAACCAGUUAUUAUUUUUUUUUGACAAAACUCUUUGUGGCGUUUUUACCAAAUAGAUCAUUUUAGUAGUAAAACUUCGCUAUGUAUCCAUCCCAAGACAUGUCUCCCCUCCCUCAGAGAUAUGACCUAAGAUAGUCACCAAGUGUCUUAAACUGUUUUAUAUUUGUUACUAAGAAGGCUGUUAAUACAUUUGAAAUGACUUUUAAAAA